AUAGUUUAACGGCAGUAAAAGAAAAAGAUGAAAUUGCUACUUCUGUUCACUUUGGUAGGUUUGGCUGCGUCCCAGCAGAAGUGUGAUUCAAUAAACAAAUUCUGCUUUCCUAAUGAAGUGGCCACUUGGACCGGGGCAGUUGAGUACUGCUUGAGAAAUGGCUGGAAGUUGGCUGUGGUCAACAGCGAAGCAAAACAGAUGAAGAUCGAGAGUUUGGCAAAAAAUCUGGGCGAAUUCAAGAGAGGAAAGGUGGAACUGUGGAUUGGCGCCAGUGACCAAACAAAGGAAGGAAAUUUCGUUUGGAUUGCCAACGGAAAACCGGUCGAGUAUGCCAAUUGGAUGCCUGGAAAACCGGACAAUAAGGACGGAAAGGAGCACUGCGUCCAUUUGUGGUACGAAAAGGCUAAGAAUAUCAACUGGGGUUGGAAUGACGUGGUGUGCACUUCCAAGCGUCGCUUUGUGUGCGAGAGGAAGAAAAAUUAAAAAUGGGACUUAUUAAAAUUAUCUGGAUCCCGAUUGACACACAUGUUACAAUUAAGGCAUAUCAACUGAUAUAUAACUAGAUCUGGUCGUAUAAAAGGUAACCUGCCUCUCUUCGGAUGGAAAAAGGAUUGAAUGUUAUGAUUAUGAUUGUAUAAUUAGAAUUGUAUGUAAAGGAGUGGGAUGAAAUUUAAGUUGCACAUGUCAAACUCAAUGAAUGACCUACGGUGAUGAGCUCGAUUAAUUUUAUUUUCAUUAAAACAAGCAAUGAAAUAAGCCCUGUUUUCGGUGUCAUCUUACUAUCCAAAAUUAUUAGAACUAUGAAAAUAAACUACCAAAAGUGACGUUACACGCAAA